CGCUGGUGUCGUGCUUCAGUCUUCCUUUUCUUCCGUGGCCGCCAUCGUGUCAGGAGUGUGAUUCCUGGCGUGCCGUGAAAACUUGUAAAAAUGGCUUGUGCCCGACCAUUAGUUUCGGUGUACUCCGAAAAAGGGGAGACAACCGGCAAAAAUGUGGUUAUGCCAGCCGUAUUCAGGGCUCCCAUCCGCCCUGACGUCGUGAACUUUGUGCACACAAACAUGCGCAAGAACAAGCGCCAGCCCUACGCCGUCAGUAAACUGGCCGGUCACCAGACCAGUGCCGAGUCCUGGGGCACAGGAAGAGCUGUGGCUCGUAUCCCCCGUGUGCGUGGUGGAGGAACUCACCGCUCCGGCCAGGGUGCUUUCGGAAACAUGUGUCGUGGUGGUCGCAUGUUUGCCCCCACAAAGACUUGGCGCCGUUGGCACCGCAGGAUCAACAUCAACCAGAAACGUUAUGCCAUCUGCUCUGCUCUUGCUGGUUCUGCUCUGCCUGCCCUGGUCAUGGCCAAGGGGCACCGUAUUGAGGAGAUCCCUGAGGUUCCACUUGUUGUUGACGACAAAGUCGAGGGAUACAAGAAGACUAAGGAGGCCGUGCUGCUUCUGAAGAAGGUUAAGGCAUGGAACGACAUUAAGAAGGUUUAUGCGUCUCAGCGCAUGCGUGCUGGUAAGGGUAAGAUGAGGAACAGAAGGCGUAUCCAGCGUAAGGGACCGUGUAUCAUCUACAACGAAGACAACGGCUUGACGCGAGCUUUCAGAAACAUCCCUGGUAUUGCACUGCAGUCUGUUAAGAGGCUAGACCUGUUGAAACUUGCUCCAGGUGGACACAUCGGGCGGCUCUGCAUUUGGACCGAGAGUGCCUUCCGCAAGCUGGAUGACCUCUACGGCACAUGGCGUAAAGCUUCCUCCCUUAAAGUGGACUACAACUUGCCAAUGCACAAGAUGACCAACACAGAUCUGAACAGAAUCCUUAAGAGCGAGGAAGUUCAGAAAGCACUUCGUCCUGCUAACCGCAAGAUUAGGCGCAGAGUUCUGAAGAAGAACCCUCUGAAGAACCUGAGGGUGAUGAUGAAACUCAACCCUUACGCCAAGACAGCCCGCCGUCGUGCUAUUUUGGCACACAACCCUGAUGUCAAGGCCAAGAUGCUGAAACCCAAGAAGAAGAGGGUUGUGAAGAAGGCCAAGAAGCCAGCAGCCGCCGCUGCUCCGGCUAAAGAGUAAAGCUCAUUAUACAGACGGGAGUUCAGAAAUGCUUUCAAAUAAAACAUCACUUAAAAAUUC